UACUUUUUACACAUAUGUAUGGUGACGAAAUUUUAUGUAAAGACUGAAAUAUUUUUAAAUAUUCGAAAUAAUUAUGCGAAGGGAGGCAAAGAUUUUGUCUAAAAAUAAGCACAUAAUUAUUGCUAUGUAUGUCGGCUGCGGCUGUGGCGUAGCUAUAGCUAUAAAAUAUGUUUGUGUGUGCCUUUGUGUGUGCAAAAAUUGAAAAUGAAAAUUAAAAAUAACCACAUUUCUAUACUUACAUAUAACACACACUACCUAUGCACAGCUUGGUCCAAUCUGUUUUAAUAAAAUAAAGAGUCAAAUAAAAAGGAAAGAAAACGAAAUUAAAAAAAAAAAAAAAAAAACAAAAAGAAAAACAACAAAAGAAAUUUUUCUAAUUUCCCUAAGCAAUGCUUGUAUAUGUGGUUUGUGUUGAUUUUUUUUUUAUUUUGACAUGUUUUCUCUUUCAGAGUAAAGUUUACGAAAAUCGCUAAAGGAAAAGAAUUGAGAGAAAAAGAAGGAAAGAAGGAAAAUAACAAAAGUAAAACAAAAACAAAACUUAAUCAAAACAUUGUUAGAAAAAGCCCGGAAAACAGACGUAACGAAACAAGUGUCUACUUUUAAUUCAUUCUAAAUCUUCUUCAUUUACAAAGAAAAUAUCGAAUUUAUUUAAAAAAAGUUAAAGUUAUUUCAUUGAAAAGGACGUAAUUAAGGAAAAAGGAAAACUUUCAAGAACUUUUUUUUACUUUAACAAAACUUUUAUGAAAUAUGACAGCUGAAGUUAUGGCCGCCAGUGAUGCAAAUUAUGAUCCAGCACUUUCCAAGUUGAUAACAACCCUAAAAGAAGCUGAAACGUUAUCAAAUGAUCAGGAAAUCGAUUUUCUAAAAGCUUUAUUGGAAUCAAAGGAACUCAAUGCUUUAGUUAAUGUACACACCAAAGUAGCCAAAGUGGGUAGAGAUGAUCGUUUAGCACCGAUGCUCUCUAAUUCGGCUGUGAUCUUAUAUGAAGCAUUGGAACAAUUGUCACAACGUUGUCAUUUAAAUGAAGAUUGUCGAGAAGUAUUUCACUUGCUACAGAAACCGCAUUUACAAAGUUUACUUCACGCCCACGAUGCCAUUGCACAAAAGGAUUUUUAUCCACAUUUACCGGAACUGCCCGUUGAAAUGGAUGAAGAUGAGGAAACAAUUAAAAUUGUGCAAUUAGUGAAAAGCAAUGAACCUCUGUCAGGAGCACAAAGUGCGGAACCAAUUGUUGGUGCCACUAUUAAAACGGAAGAAGAGACCGGCAAAAUAAUCAUAGCACGGAUUAUGCAUGGCGGAGCCGCUGAUCGUUCAGGUCUUAUACAUGUCGGUGAUGAGGUUAUCGAAGUGAAUGGCAUUAAUGUGGAGGGUAAAACACCGGGCGAUGUACUGAGUAUAUUGCAAAAUUCUGAGGGCACCAUAACUUUCAAGUUAGUACCAUCGGACGGUAAAGGCGCUCAACGUGAAUCAAAAGUACGCGUGCGUGCACAUUUCGACUACAGUCCCGAUAUAGAUCCCUAUAUACCUUGUAAAGAGGCGGGCUUAGCAUUUCAACGGGGCGAUAUUCUGCAUAUUGUUUCACAGGAUGAUGCUUAUUGGUGGCAAGCCCGUAGAGAAUCGGAACGUACGGCUAGAGCUGGCUUAAUACCAAGUCGUGCCUUGCAGGAAAGACGUCUGAUACAUGAACGUACUCAACGUGAAGUCAAUGACAGCGAAUCGAAAAAAGGUUCCUGUGCCUCCAUAUGCACUACCCCGCCCGCUUCACCUUUAAUGCGUUCAAGCAGUUCGAGUUCCUCUUGUCGUCAACCGAAAACUAAAAAAAUCAUGUAUGAUUUAACAGAGAACGACGAUUUCGAUCGCGAAAUGAUUGCCACCUAUGAAGAAGUUGCCAAACUUUAUCCCAGACCUGGUGUGUUUAGGCCAGUAGUUCUAAUUGGGGCACCGGGUGUUGGUCGCAAUGAAUUGAGAAGACGUUUAAUAGCUAGAGAUUCUGAAAAGUACCGCAGCCCGGUACCGUACACUACUCGACCUAUGCGUACUGGCGAGGUAGCGGGUCGCGAGUAUAUAUUUGUUACGCGCGAAAAAAUGGAAGCAGACAUCGAGGCUGGCAAAUUCGUUGAACAUGGCGAAUAUAAGGGUCAUUUAUAUGGCACUUCCGGGGAGAGUGUCAAGUCCAUUAUAAAUGCUGGCUGUGUGUGCCUUUUAAGUCCCCAUUAUCAGGCCAUUAAGGCUUUGAGAACGGUUCAAUUAAAACCGUUCAUUGUUCAUAUUAAACCACCGGAAUUUGAGAUCCUAAAAAAGACACGUACUGAAGCCAGAGCCAAAUCAACAUUUGAUGAGACAAAUACUCGUGGAUUUACGGAGGACGAAUUUAACGACAUGAUCAAAUCGGCGGAACGCAUAGACUUCUUGUAUGGCCAUUUCUUUGAUGAAGAGAUUCUAAACGGGGAUCUGGUGACAGCAUUUGAAAAACUCGUCAAUACAGUGCAACGCAUUGAAAACGAACCACUCUGGGCACCGGCAUCAUGGGUUCAGUAAAUUGCGGCCCAAUAUCUAGAAAUAAGUGUAAAGGGCAUCUAAGAAUCAUGCCAAGUACGUGUAGAUAAAUACACUGAGAAUAAAAGACACAACUGACACUGCUACAAAACAAAUGCCAAACAAAAAUAAAAAUAAAAAAACAAAUAAACAACAACAACAAUACACAAAAUGAAGAUACUUUGUGUGUAAGAAAACCAAAAAGCGCGAAAAUAAGCACCAAAAACCUAAAAGGAAAUGAAAAAAAAAACUGAUUUUUAUUCGCUUUAAAGCGAAUAUUUUUACUCAUACUCACCACCACAUAAUGACACAUGUCUUGAAAUUUGUAACACUUUACUUUCAAGUUUAAGCAACAACACACGGGCAAACAGACAGAUGAGAGAAAGAGCUAACCCCUGAAUUUUACUCUGAUCAAAAGUAAGUUUUGUCAGGAAAAAGAUCUCGGUAAACGGACGACAAGAUCACACAUUUUUCAGCUUAUCGUUAAGAGUUGUGUUAUCCUUCUCUAAAUAUAUCUUACUUUCUCGAGCUGAUCAGAGUUUAUUAGCAAGGGAGGAACAGUGGGUACAGAGAGCUAGUCGUUUUUUGUUUCUUUUAAGUUAUGGAUGCCAAGCCGAAGUUGUGCAUCACUGCCCAAGCAAUAGAUUUACCGCCAUUUUGUAUAUACACAUUUUCACUGUAACCCGUCAAGUUGACGGGUCACUUUGGGAAUCGUUUCGCACAAACUUUCUUUGAUCGAUGUGGAAAUAAAUUGGAAACAAGUUGUAACUAAACUUUUAUUUUAGAAUGUUCAAUAAAUUGAUAGGGAUCAUUUUUACACCAAACAUUCAGGCGUUUCUGAUGUACACUUGAAGAAAUAGUCGAUGUUUCUCGAGGUGUUUUUGGUUUUUCCUUCAUUGUGGGUGUAUUUGUGACCACAUCAUACCCGUAUUUUGACCUCGUAUUUUCCGUCGAUCAGGGAAUCUUUUGUGACUAAUUUCAACAUCCUAUCUUAAUUUGUGCGACUAUGGCGAUUCAUAAAAGUUACCCGUAAAAUUCAGAUGUUUCGGUAAAAAUACGUAUGCCACAUGUAGAAAUAGAAAAACGGGCGGGUCGUAGAAGAAAAUAGUUGACAUGUAUAUUUGCUUCAUAAGACCAUUACAAAACCCAUAAAUAACACCUGAAGAUAUCUACUGCUUUUCGCAGAAUUUUCGGGCUUGAAUUCACAAUAAAUUUCCGGUUGAGGUAAAUCUAUUGUUAAAGGCUAACUAAAGUUUUAUCGAAUAAAAACGAAUCCCUCCCUUUUCCUCCCUCCUUUUUUGUUUUUAGUCCUCAGCCUUCCAUUUUCGGAAUUUUGAAAAUAUAUUUUUUCCAAUUGCAUUUAUGGCUUACUUUCUUUCACUCUUGCCAGAAAAGUAAACAUCAAAAUGCAUUGAUAUACAAUUAAUGUGCGGUGGUGAGUAUAAAAAAAAAAAAAAAAAA